AUGCGCCGUGAGAAAGGCUCUUGUUAUGGACGCAUCGACACGGAAUCUAGCACCACGUUAGACGAAUUUCAAAAGCUGCUCCUAAAAGAAACGGGUGCGACCAACGUUGACGAUAUAGAUUUGAAGGUGUACGACUCGGACGCCGAAGACCCUGAACCAGUCCUGAAGCGGGUGUUAGUGCACCGCUUGCACCAGCGGUGCAUAGACUAUUCAACGGACAAGCGUCAGGCUCCAUUCGGGGGCAAGUCUUGGGACGCAGCGACGAGGAAGCUCACUGUGUUCUAUAGUGUUACCCAAUCUGCUGCUUCGAAUAUUCAACAGCGGAAGCGGAAGAAGGUGCAGAAGGACGACAAGUGCAGCAGUGACGACGACGACACGCCACGCAGGCGUGAGCGAACGGCUGUCAGUGCUGCUAUUGUGCGAGCAGCACGCGACCAUUUGCCUUACAAGGCCAAUGGAAGUGUGCGAGUCCUUAUAUACAGAGAUGUGCAGGACGAUCCUUCGCUGCAGCCGUUGUGGGACAACUGCAUGGCUGCUGCUUACGAGCAGGUGUGCCAAGGUUUCGGCGAGGUACCGUUCGAGACCUUUAAGAAGCGGUACACCAAGUACGCUACGGACUUCAAUGCACAGCGGGCCAAGUAUGAGAAGAUCAAGGUGGACGAGAAGGCUGCACUGGCUGGACAGGCUGAUGCUUUGGCAAAGAAGCUGUGGCGGAAGAAGUGGAAUAGUGAGGCACGUGCUGCUUGGCAGAAAUACAAAUAUGAGCAUCCAAACUUGCCUGGUUGUGAGAAGCCACCCCCGAGUGAGCGGCGCCUGGCUGUCGAAAAGAAGGAGGUUACGCCAUCCCAGCAGGCGCUUAUUGCUGCACAACAGCAGCGAAAGCAGGUGGUCAAGGAAGAGAAGAUGGCUGCGGCCAUUCAGGCAUUGGCUAGCAAUGCAGCUGGGCUAGUGGCCGACAAGAGCAAGGUGACAGGUGCAUAUGGAUCCAUUUGUAUAGACGCACUGACAUUAUGCCGUGCCAUUUUACAUUCCAAGGACACGAGCGAGCAGAAGGAGAACUGCAAGGAACAGGAGAAGGGCAAGGGUGGUGGCAAGGAUAUGAACAGGAGCCGGCAUCAAACGGGCAGUGGCAGGCCACGCAGGGGCCGUUCGAAGACUGUUGAAGCUGUUGACAUGCCAUUCGCAUGCGUUUGCGUUACACCUAUAGGUAAGGUAACGCUCGCGUUAAAAGUCACCUGGUCGCGUUUAGGGUCGCGUAAAACUCGCGAUAUCAUUCGCCACAUUCGCAUUUGCAUACGCAUUCGCAACAUUCGCAUGCGUUUGCGUUACACCUAUAGGUAA